CCCGGAGUGCCCGUGCACAAGGGCAGGGGGCCCAGCGGGAACUACACUUCCCUUGAGGCCUCGGGACCAAGCGCGUGAGGCUGGGGGCGGGGCCUGCCAGGGGAGGAGCCUGUCUGGGGGCAGGGCUCCGUUCGCCAAGCUGAUUCUGGCGGCUUAUUCGUAAAAGCUGUGGUGACGCUGCCGCCGGCUGUGGCGGAAACCUUGGCUGAGGCCUCGCGGAGCGGAUCACUGAACAUGUCUUUCACUAUGGUCACCAUCUCUGCAGUUGGUGAGAAAUUAUUUCUGAUUUGAAUUUUUCCUGGAGUCUCAUUGAUCUGAUUUGUUACUUCCACUGUUACGACUUCAGAGAGUCCAGGUAUUGGAAAUAAAUAGCUCUUCUGGCUUUUGCACCAUUUAAAUAUAUAUGAGUGUCAUCUGACUACAAUGUUUCUGAUGCCCACCUCUUCAGAACUGAACAGUGGGCAGAACUUCCUAACCCAGUGGAUGACCAAUCCUUCCCGUGCUGGGGUCAUAUUAAAUCGUGGAUUUCCUACUUUGGAAGCAGAUGAAGAGAAGCAAACAGCUACAAAUACUUCUACUAGCUUUCCUAUUAAAGCUACACAUUUUCCCAAUAGUUUCAGCUUUAUUAGUGAAGAAGAUUCACUUCAGGAAGAACGGAAGUUGGAGUCUAGCAGCCCUCAUAAAUUACAGUCAGAAAAAUCGGAAGCCUGUACAGUGUUGCCUUUAACUGCAAAGGGGCUGCAAACAGUGGCAUGUCAGGACACUCCUGGAGAUCAGAAAGACAACAAAAGUGACUUUAUGCCACAUCUCGAUAGUGAUUUCAAAGACGUGUCUUAUAAUGACCCACUUUUUAAAAAGCUUGAACAGCUGAAAGAAGUACAGCAGAAGAAGCAGGAACAACUGAAGAGGCAACAGUUAGAGCAACUGCAGAGGCUCAUGGCAGAGCAAGAGAAGCUGCUUGCUGUGGUGUGUGGGCAGCACAUGCUUCCAGACACCCUGGGCUCUGAUCGAACACUGUACUAUUGUACACUGUUGCACUGUACAGUAAGCACACAGCAGCACAGUUGUGACAGUGUCCUGCAGAAACGUUUUACCUCACUGCCUGAUGAUCAGAGUCAGAAGUACAGAUCUCCUGGAAGUGCACCAGCUGGAGAGAAAGCCACGCCCUUCUUGCCAUCAUAUGUCUACCCAAAUCAAACCCAGGAAAAGCUGCCUGCUUCCAACACUUUAUCCGAUGAACAGAACAACUUCUGUAGAGCUCCUCAUCGUGAUUUUGUUUUGACUUCAAAAAGGGCUUCUCCCAAUUUGUUUUAUGAGUCACAAUAUCGAGAAGCAAUUGUGAAAAAGUAUGGUUCGAAGGAAGACCAUCCUACAGGAGAAAGUAUUUUACCAUGUUGGGAGAAAAUGACAGAACAGAUUCAGGAAGGGAAUGAUAUGAACUUAAAAAGAACUGGUGAUUCCUCGGAAGUGGUUAAUAUUGAAGAACGGCCUAUUAAAGCUGCCAUUAGAGAAAAAAAACAGACAUUUGAAGACUACUUAGAAGAACAGAUCCAGCUGGAUGAGCAAGAACUUAAACAAAAACAGCUAAGGGAAGCAGAGGGACAAUUGAAAGCAAAACCCAAACAACCAUUCUUAAAACGAGGAGAAGGUUUAGCCAGGUUUACUAAUACUAAAUCUAAGCUUCAAAAAGGGAAAGACAGUAAAUUAGGGCCCAACCAGAGUGUUUCAGAGGACCAACCUCUGUUUAAAGUAGACAGACAGCAAUUCCAGCGGAAAACUGUGCUUAUAAAUAAAGAACUGUGUUCAGAGAACCCCACUGUUAAAAAGGAGAAUAAAGCUAGAACCAAGACUGGUUCUGUCACACACAGGCAGAAGCCAAAAGUGCCUAAGAACAAUAAUAGGAAAAGUGUCUCUCCGUCAAGAUGGAAAAUACAGACAGAGAAGAAGUGUAAUGGACAAUUUAGAGAGCAGGUCAAGUUAGAAAAAAAAGUUGACUCUAACAAAGAAAAUGUACCUGAGUGUGCAAAGCCCUGUGACGCUGGUUUCAGCGUGUGGAGCAAGACACAGGGGAAAGGCAGACCGCCUCUUUCAGCAGGGCCCGUCAGCAGCAUGGCUUCGAAGAAUCCCACAAGUGAGGCUGGGAAAGAGCUGGGCUCUUCUCUUGACAUUUCUCUUCAGAAAAAAUUAGAGAAAUGGGAACAAGAAAAGGAAAGAGAAAAUUUGGAAUUAGAUGAGUUUUUAUUUUUAGAAAAAGCUGCUGAUGAAAUUUCAUUUUCUAGUAAUUCCUCAUUUGUACUGAAAAUCUUAGAAAGGGAUCAGCAGGUCUGCAGAGGUCACCGGAUGUCUUCAACGCCUGUCAAAGCUGUGCAGCAGAAGACACAUCCGGAGGAUCUCAGGACUGAGAGUAACUGCAGUGAGGAUCCCGGCCCCAGCCCUGCCUGUGAAAAUCACAGAGAGUGUAAGGUCACAGCCAUUCCACUUGGCUCGGCAUCCUUACCUGAUGGACUGAAGGAACUGUCUUGCAAAAUCAGUGGCAAAACCUUCCAAGCAAGCUCUUCUGAAGGUCAGAUGCCGUGGAAUGUGAGUGAUGAUGAAAGUGUUACGAACAGUGAUGGUAGCGCUGACUCUGAUGAUCAGCUUGAUGUUACCAUAAAGCCAGCUACGGAGGACAGAGAGGGAGGUUUCAGCGACAGAGAGGACAGCCCACAGAUCUGUGAUGGCAAGGGACCUUUUAGGGACACCAGGAUUCAAGAAGAUAAAAGGAGAGAUGUUGACCUGGAUUUAUCGGAUAAAGAUUAUAGCAGCGAUGAGUCUGUUGUAACAGAAAGCAUGAAAACAGAAGCGCCUGAACCUUCAGGAAGACCCUUGUUGCUAAGUGUUAGUCAGAUUGACUUCGAUGAUGAAAGAUCGUGGACUGACCUUGACGAGAAUUCAUGUAAACGUGAUGUUAAUCUUCGGGGUGCAGCCUUUUACAGGAUGCCCCAGACAGGCUACCCCGACAGUGAGGUCAGUGGCCUGGACAGAACAAUAAAAAGGAAAGUUGCGCCAGGCAAGAAGGGAGAAGGCCUGAGUAAGGCUAGUAGGAGCACAAGCCCCCCUCCCACAUCUGAUCUGAUGAUGAAAUUCUUCCCUUCUUUGAAACCGAAACCAGAGCUGGGUUCACACUUGGGAAGUGAGCCCAAGUUACAUGUGAGUCAAGACCAGUUGUCUGGUGAUAGUGCUCGAUCCCAGGCUUUGCGAGAGAAAGUUGUUGAAUUGGAAACAGAAAUAGAAAAAUUUAAAGCUGAGAAUGCAUCUUUGGCUAAGCUUCGCAUGGAACGAGAAAGUGCCAUGGAGAAACUCAGGAAAGAAACUGCAGACUUUGAGCAACAGAAAGCAAAAGAAUUGGCUCGAAUAGAAGAGUUGAAAAAAGAGGAAAUGAGGAAGCUACAAAAGGAGCGUAAAGUUUUUGAAAAGUAUACUACAGCUGUAAGAACUUUUCCAGAUAAAAAGGAACGUGAAGAAAUACAGGCUUUGAAACAGCAGAUAGAAGAUUUACAGGAAGAUCUGAAAAAGAAGGAAACAAAAUGGUCAAGCACAUAUGGACGUCUGAGAAGCCAGAUAGAAAUGUUAGUCAGAGAGAACACAGACCUCCGAGAAGAGAUAAAAGUGAUGGAAAGAUUUCGACUAGAUGCCUGGAAGAAAGCGGAAGCUAUUGAGGGCAGCCCCAAAGCCUACCAGUGUGCGCCUGCUGGGAAGAAAGACGAAUCCGGGAGCACAUCUGUUCGAGACCAAAAGAGCCACAUUUCUUCAGGGACCCCUGGGGAAAAGUGCAAGAAAAGCUGUUUGCCGAGACAUGGGAAUCCAUCUCGAAGAUCCAAGUCUGUACCUCCUCAGGAUGUAGGCAGCUCAGAUAAAGGACAAGCUGCCGUGCCCAGGGAGCCACUUGAACCAGUCAACUUUCUAGAUCUUGAAUAUAAAAAGAAGGAAGAAAAAGAAGACAUUCAGGAAGAAAUCAAUCAUCCUGAUGGAAAGGUGGAAAAAGUUUAUAAGAGUGGGAACCGGGUUAUACUGUUUCCUAAUGGAACUCAGAAAGAAGUGAGCACGGACGGGAGGAGCGUCACUGUCACUUUCUUCAAUGGCGACGUGAAGCAGGUCAUGCCAGAUGACAGAGUGGUCUACUACUACGCUGCCGCCCAGACUACUCACACCACGUACCCCGAAGGACUUGAAGUUCUGCACUUCUCAAACGGACAGAUAGAAAAACAUUUCCCGGAUGGAAGAAAAGAAAUCACAUUUCCUGACCAGACCGUUAAAAACUUAUUUGCUGAUGGCCAAGAAGAAAGCAUCUUUCCUGACGGCACAGUUGUCAGAGUGCAACGUGAUGGCAACAAAAUCAUAGAAUUUAAUAAUGGCCAAAGAGAACUUCACACUGCACAGUUCAAGAGUCGGGAAUAUCCAGAUGGCACUGUUAAAACUGUGUAUGCAGACGGUCAUCAAGAGACAAAGUACGCGUCUGGUCGAGUAAGAGUUAAGGACAAAGAUGGGAAUGUUCUCGUGGACACAGAACUGUAAUGCUCCAGUGUGACCAACGCUCAACUCACACUGCCUGAUCUUCCUGUUUAGAACAUGUACAUUUCCUGUGGAUUCUGUUUAAUUUACACAGGCUCUGUGUAUCUAAAUGGCAACAAAGGUGGAUUCUAAAAUAAAGGCUGACUGAAAAA